AUAACCCCCGCUUCCACCACCCUACAUUCUCUCCUUCCCACCAAUCCCCACCGUCCAUUCCUCUCAAAACCCCCUUCUCCACCACUCCCGUCUCUCAAACACACUUCACCAAUCAACAGAAGAAAAAAACUCUCCACCGCCCCAUCUCUCUCCACUAUUGCUGGCAACAUGGCAUCAGCACUCCAAAACGCCACCGCUUCACUCCAAUCCAAAACCCCACCAUCAGCUAGACUCCCAACCAACUUCACCUCCCCAAAGCCCCUCAACCUCUCCUUCUCCGCCACUUUCCCAUCCCUCAACCUCUCCACCACCGCAACCACUACAAACCGCCGCCGGGGUGGCUCGGCCCUGGGGACCAAAAUGUCAGCAACAGCAGCAGGAAGUUACGCAUCAGCACUAGCUGACGUGGCAAAAUCCAACAACACAUUAGACGCAACGGCGUCCGACAUCGACAAAAUAGAAAGGCUGUUUUCAAACCCAGCAGCGAAUGACUUCUUUACUAACCCAACAAUAGACAUAGAAAAGAAACGGCAAGUCAUUGAUGAGUUCGCCAAGUCGUCUGCUCUCCAACCCCUCACGGCAAACUUCAUUAACAUACUUAUAGAUUCCAAAAGGGUUGAUCUGGUUAAAGAUAUAGUGGUGGAAUUCGAGAAGGUUUACAAUAAGCUGACAGAUACACAGCUUGCUGUGGUGAGUUCAGUUGUGGCUUUGGAGUCACAGCAUUUGGCCCAGAUAGCAAAACAAGUGCAGAAAUUGACUGGAGCUAAGAAUGUAAGGAUUAAGACUGUGAUUGACCCAAGUUUGGUUGCUGGGUUUACUGUAAGGUAUGGGAGCUCAGGUUCUAAGAUGAUUGAUAUGAGUGUGAAGAAACAGUUGGAGGAGAUUACUGCUCAGCUUGACUUGAGUGAUAUUGAACUGGCUGCUUGAUUUUAGAUACUUUUUUUUUAAUUUCUUUUCUGGUAAAUUAUGUGGGUUCUUUUUUUUUUGGGAUUUAAUUGUUGUUGUAGUAUGGAUUUUGUAAUAGAGUUAUUAUUGGAAUGGAAUGUAUUUCAAUGUC